CCGGCGCGCCCCGACCGCCCGAGCGAGCUCUCGUCCGCGCCGUGCCCCGGGCCCGACCCGGCCGCCCCUCCGCCAUGGGGUGCUGGGGGCGCAACCGCGGCCGGCUGCUGUGCAUGCUGCUGCUCACCUUCCUCUUCAUGGUGCUCGAGGUGGUGGUGAGCCGCCUCACGGCGUCGCUGGCCAUGCUGUCCGACUCCUUCCACAUGCUGUCGGACGUGCUGGCGCUCGUGGUGGCGCUGGUGGCCGAGCGCUUCGCGCGCCGCACCCACGCCACGCAGAAGAACACGUUCGGCUGGAUCCGCGCCGAGGUGAUGGGCGCCCUGGUCAACGCCAUCUUCCUCACCGGCCUGUGCUUCGCCAUCCUGCUGGAGGCCGUGGAGCGCUUCAUCGAGCCCCACGAGAUGCAGCGGCCGCUCGUGGUGCUGGGCGUCGGCGUGGCCGGCCUGGUGGUCAACGUGCUGGGCUUGUGUCUCUUCCACCACCACAGCGGCCUGGGGCGCGAGCACUCGCACGGGGGGCACAGCUACGGGGUCAGCAAGGUCUCGCGCGGCAGCGGCAGCCCCAGCCCCCGUGUCCCCGCCAUCCAGCCGGCCGUCGGGCCUGACCCCGAGGAGACCAAUAUCCUGGUGCCCAAUAGCAACAGCGCCAAUGGGCUCAAGCAGGAUCGAGCAGACUCCGCGAAAUCCAGAUCUGAGGCGGCUGACCUGCAAGUGAAUGGCAGCCUGAUGGCGGAUGCAGAGGAUUUAGGGGAGUCCGACGGCGAUGACCACUCAGCACAGCUGAACAUGCGUGGGGUCUUCCUGCACGUCUUUGGUGAUGCGCUCGGUUCGGUGAUUGUGGUGGUGAAUGCCUUGAUGUUCUAUUUGUUCUGGAAAGCCUGCCCUGAGGGUGAGGUCUGUCUGAACCCCUGUGGCCCGGACCCCUGCCAAACCUUAAUGGACAAGAUGAAUGUCACACAGGAGAAUCUUCCGUCGAUCGGGCCCUGCUGGGUGUUGUACCUAGACCCUAGCUUCUGCAUCGUCAUGGUCUGCAUUCUGUUCUAUACCACGUACCCACUGCUCAAGGAGUCAGCCCUGAUCCUGCUCCAGACGGUGCCCAAGCAGAUCGACAUCAAGAACCUGCUGAAGGAGCUGCGUGCCGUCCGUGGGGUGGAUGAAGUCCACGAGCUGCACGUCUGGCAGCUGGCAGGCAGCAGGAUCAUUGCCACGGCACACAUCAAGUGUGAGGACCCAGCCUCCUAUAUGCAUAUGGCCAAGACCCUCAAGGAUGUGUUCCAUGACCAUGGCAUCCAUGCCACCACCAUCCAACCCGAGUUCGCCAGCGUGGGCCAGGCAAGCCUGGGGCCGUGCGAGCUGGCAUGCAGGACACAGUGUGCAAGGAAGCAGUGCUGUGGGGCCCAGCCACAGAACCUUGCAGGGAAGGAUGCUGCUGCCGACAAGCCCCCUGCUGUCAGCAUUUCUUGUUUGGAACUCAGCGAAAGCCUGGAGAAGAAGCCCCGGAGGACUAAAGCGGAAAACAUGCCUGCUGUUGUGAUAGAGAUUAAAAACGUGCCGAGCAAACAGCCUGAGUCCUCUUUAUGAGUCUGGAAAGAGACUGCCCCACCAAAAAAAAAAAAAGGUUGACUCUUUUUUUUUUUCACUGCAAGAGGAAAAGACUCCAUCAAAAUUCUGAAUUUGCCAAGCAGUGUGAUUUGAAGUCCUGUCUGGCCACACAGUUUAAUUCUAUUUUUGUAAGAACUCACAGGGACUGUUAACCAGAGUUGGAUAUGACAACUUUCGCGAUUGCUGGUGGGCUCACAGCUCUGCUGUGACCAUUUUAUGGGAAGCCAGUUUUAACACUAUGUUACAUUUUUUGUUUAAAGUAAGUAUAAACCUUAUAUAACAUAAUGCUUUUGAUUUCCAGUUUUUUUCCGUGGUAAAAAAUUUAACUAGGGGGAUAAAUAAAAUUGUUACUGGAAUUA